CUCUCACUCAAUAACCGAGGGAUUGAAGCAAACUUCCAUGAUGUCUUUCAUUUCACCUGAACGCCACCAAGGAUAAUAUCACGGUGAACCACCGCCUUCCCACACCGCGCCCCGCCAAUUACUCGGAAUCGCUCAUCUUCCACCUGGUGUGUCAAUCGAUACUCUUGCUACCUGCAUACACCUGUUACUGUCCGAUCCGAAACAGCAGCCAUAAUGGCCUCUCUUCGCUCUUCCUCCCGGGUCUUGGGCUCGGCCACCAAGGCCGUCUUCCGCCCUGCCGUCACCGUCCCUCGCCGUGGCCUGGCUACCCCUAGCGAUCGUGUGCCCCGUACGAAGGAGCCCGAGAUGAAGAAGUUCACCAUUUACCGCUGGAACCCCGAUACCCCGACCGAGAAGCCUCGCAUGCAGGAGUACACGUUGGACCUGAACAAGACGGGACCCAUGAUGCUGGAUGCGUUGAUCCGCAUCAAGAAUGAGCUUGACCCUACCCUGACCUUCCGCCGAAGCUGCAGAGAGGGUAUCUGCGGUAGCUGCGCUAUGAACAUUAACGGCCAGAACACGCUUGCUUGCCUCUGCCGUAUCCCGAAAGAGUCUUCGUCAGACGUUAAGGUCUACCCUUUGCCUCACACCUACGUCGUCAAGGACCUGGUCCCCGAUUUGACCCAGUUCUACAAGCAAUACCGCUCGAUCAAGCCCUACCUCCAGAGAGACACUCCUGCCCCUGAUGGCAAGGAAUACCGCCAGAGCGUUGCAGACCGAAAGAAGCUGAGCGGUCUGUAUGAGUGCAUUCUGUGCGCCUGCUGCUCGACUUCGUGCCCGUCCUACUGGUGGAACUCUGAGGAGUACCUCGGACCCGCCAUUCUCCUUCAGUCUUACCGCUGGCUUGCCGACUCCCGUGACGAGAAGACGGCGGAGCGCAAGGCCGCCCUCGACAACUCAAUGAGCCUGUACCGUUGCCACACGAUUCUCAACUGCACACGUGCCUGUCCCAAGGGUCUGAACCCCGGCAAGGCUAUUGCCGAGAUUAAGAAGCAGAUGGCUUUCUAAGAAGCGUGCGUGGAGUCUGUCAACGUUUGGAGUCAUAAUCUUGGGCGGCGCGAUAUUGGCUGUAUACUAGGUAGUGUGUACUUUAUGAGCAUGGCUGGAGUUUGAACUCCUUGGACACACUAAAAAAGGGGACUUUGAAUUCAGGCUUUCUUUUGUUUUUCUUAGUCCGCAGUAACUCACAGGAGACUGCCCUGCGUGUGUCUGAAAGUGCCCUAGCGAAGGAAGAGGUGGUCACAGCUCCAGAUUGCUGCGUUAGGUCUGCGUAUGGCCAAUUGAAGAAGGGGGCAGUUGGAGCAACAAUAGGUGUUGCCAAGGCAGAAUUUUGGUUGUCAAACGGCGGCUUCACCAUAUAUACCUAGGGUAGCCCCAAAUUAUUAUUUUUAUCAUUCCA